GGCGGCAUGGGCUCGGGCCACCGCCUCCGCCCGGCCGCCCGCCCGGACUGUCGCGGCCCGUGGUGGCGACGGCGGCGGCAGCAACAGCAAAGUUUCUCCGGUGGCGGCCCGGGGGCGCAUCCUCCCGCAACUGUCAAGCGCUGGCGGCGGAAAUGAUGAGGCGCUGGCCAUUUUCCGAGCCCGGGUUUCCUGCCUGAGCCCCGCUCAAGCGAGUCGCGAGCCAGGAGCCGGCGCGCGGGAGAGAACGCGCCCGGGGCGGGGGCCCGCCCGCCCCCUCGGGAUUUCGGGGGGCCGGGGGCGCGCGACGCCAUGGGCCGGCCGGGCCCGGACCCCCUCUGUCUCAGCCCGGCCGCCCCACUUCCGUCUCCGCCAUGAACGGGCCCACCCUGCAGCCCUCCUCGGCCUCUUCUGCAUCCGCCCCCUCCUCGUCGGCCGCGGCAGCGUCGCCGUCCCCGCGGGGCUGGAGCGAGUUCUGCGAGCUGCACGCGGUGGCCACGGCCCGGGAGCUGGCCCGGCAGUACUGGCUCUUCGCCCGCGAGCACCCGCAUCACGCGCCGCUGCGCGCCGAGCUCGUGUCGCUCCAGUUCACCGACCUCUUCCAGCGCUACUUCUGCCGCGAGGUGCGCGACGGCUGGACGCCCGGGCCGCCGGGGUCCCGGGCCGCGCCGCCUGCGCGUGACUACCGAGACACGGGCCGCGGGCCCCCGGCCAAGGCCGAGGCGUCCCCGGCCGAGUCGGGCCCCGGUCCCGCCGCCCCCGCGCUGCCCAAGGCCCGCAGCUCCGAGGAGCUGGCCCCGCCGCGACCGUCCGCCGCCUGCACCUUCCAGCACCUGCGCCACAGCCUCCGCCACAUCUUGCGCCGCGGCUCGGCCGGGGAGCUGUCCGCCACCGGGGCCGCGGGGGAGGCGGGCGAAGGCCCGGCGCGGCCCGGCCUGGCCAGGAAGCUCCUGCCCUGGAGCCUGGCCCGCGAGCCGCCGCCCGAGGCCCUCAAGGAGGCAACGCUGCGCUACAGCCUGGCCGACGAAGCGUCCAUGGACAGCGGGGCGCGCUGGCAGCGGGGGCGGCUGGCGCUGCGGCGCACCCGGGGCCCCGACGGCGGAGCGGACCGCGUGCUGGAGCUCUUCGACCCGCCCAAGAGUUCAAAGCCCAAGCUACAGGCAACCUGCACCAAUAUCCAGGAGGUCCGGCGAUGCACACGCCUCGAGAUGCCAGACAACCUCUACACCUUUGUCCUGAAGGUGAAGGACCGGACCGACAUCAUCUUCGAGGUGGAGGACGAGCAGCAGCUGAAUUCCUGGAUGGCUGAGCUCCGGGAGUGCACAGGCCAAGGGCUGGAGAGCACAGACCCAGAGACACAUAUUCCCUCAGCCCUAGAGCCUGGCACGUCCAACUCUCCGGGGGGGAGCACGGAUUCCCUGAACCAAGGUGCUUCUCCUGGGGGGUUGCUGGACCCAACCUGUCAGAAAACAGAUCACUUCCUGUCCUGCUACCCCUGGUUCCAUGGCCCCAUCUCCCGAGUGAAGGCAGCUCAGCUGGUUCAGCUGCAGGGUCCGGAUGCUCAUGGAGUGUUCCUGGUGCGGCAGAGUGAGACACGGCGCGGAGAGUAUGUGCUCACGUUCAACUUCCAAGGCAUCGCCAAGCACCUGCGCCUGUCGCUGACCGAGCGGGGCCAGUGCCGAGUGCAGCACCUCCACUUCCCCUCUGUCGUGGACAUGCUCCACCACUUCCAGCGCUCGCCCAUCCCGCUUGAGUGCGGUGCUGCCUGUGACGUCCGCCUGUCCAGCUACGUGGUAGUCGUCUCCCAGCCACCAGGUUCCUCCAGCACUGUCCUGUUCCCUUUCUCCCUCGCGCACUGGGAUUCGGAGCUGGGCCUUCCCCAUCUCAGUUCUUCUGGCUGUCCACGGGGGCUGGGCCCGGAGGGUCUCCCAGGCCGAUCCUCUCCCCCAGAGCAGAUAUUCCACCUGGUGCCUUCACCUGAGGAACUGGCCAACAGCCUGCGGCACCUGGAGCCUGAACCCACCAGUCGAGCCCGGGACUCAGACUACGAAAUGGACUCCUCCUCCCGGAGCCAUCUCCGGGCCAUAGACAACCAGUACACGCCUCUCUGACGGGCGGUGAGGAACCCUAGGCCUCACACGUGCCCCCGAGGAGCACAAGCAAGCGGAGAUGUGAACUUGUGAAUGUAACCUUCUUUCCUUCCUUCCAGAGAGAGAUUUAAGGGACACUGUUAACUGCUCGUUCCAGUUUGGAUGUGACCCUUCUAUUAGGCCUGUUGAAGGGCCUCCUAUAAGUUUUAUCCAUCCAUCACCUGGCUUUCUCCUUAUUGUUUACAGAUGUAGUUCUUGUUCGCAGAGGCCGCGAGCUCCCACCCUGGGUCCCUAGGACCGGUCCCCAUCCCUCUUAUAGGAGGUGGUGGGGUGAGGGCCAGAUCUGGCAGGCCGAACCUUGGUUCUCUUUUUCACUGACACUGUCACAGCUGAUGACAGACUUUCGGGGGGGGUGGGAGGGUCGUCAGGAAGCCCAAAACACUAACAAGCCCUGGAUUCACCUACGGUUCACCCAUUGUGGCCUCGGUCCACGUGGAGGCCUGCCACUCCCUGUGCCGUAGGUGAACACAUCAAUCCUGCUCCGACUCAGCUUCGGGACAAAGCUCAAGGUUAAAAUGAUUUUAAACACUUUACCUCAGAUUAACUUUUCAAAGGAUUCAGGUUUCAAAACUAAACCAUUGCUUAUUUUGUUGCACUCUUUAAUACUCAUGCGAUUUUGCAGUCUGAGACAGCUAUGCAAACCCUACUUGACUUGUUCCCAGUCUGAGCCAGCAUGCCUGGCUUCUGUGUCUUUUGCAUCCUCAGGACAGUCACCUGCUGCUGAGUAGCCACUGUCCUUCCUAAAUGUGGAGAAGUGAAGUACAUCACCCUUUCAGGGAAAUUCAGGCAACUACUGAAACAGGGUGGCAAGGAGGAAUUCUACCCUGGUGCCUUAACGAACAAAAAAACUGGAUUCUGGUUUACAGUAGCUUUAUGGUUAAACCAGUUUACCCAAGGGGUGAUAAGGGGCGAGGAAGGAGCAAGCAAAAAGGGAGGAAGGGCUCCUGGCCCCUUUCUUCUAAAAAAUCCUUCACCACCAGGGCUGGCUCGGAACCCCCCCCCCCCCCCCCCCAAGCAUUUAACGGCUGGCUCAUAAACUAUCCCGCAAGGUUUUGGGCUUGUUCUUGAAUCAAAAUGGGAACUAGGAAAUCUGGUGCCACAACUAGUGAGAAAUUCCUUUAACAGCCCACACUCAGUGUUCCGUUCCAGCUGCUUCACUUGAGGAGGAAUGUGUGUGCGUACACACUUGGGCGCACAUCUCCAACAGCUGGGGGGUGGGGUCCUGCAGUUAAAUCUCCAUCUAUACUUGCCUUUCACCAGGGAUAGAAUUCACAGGGGGGCUGGCUCCUCCCAGAACUUUCAGGCAGAGGCUCAGAAACAAGGGGGCAGUGACAGAGUGGAGCCAGCUGCUCUGGGUGCCAGCAGAGACAUUUGACACAGUCACCAGGCUGGCUUCUAGGAAACUGAGAGUUUAGCACAACUUAACAUUUAUAGACACAUCACUCAGAAACUAAAUUUAAACCCUGGCCUACGACUAACUACUGCCUGCCUUAUCUGGGGUGAGGGUUUGGUUUGCUCCCUCUAGCCAUUCUCUGUGCUCCCAGAGGUCAGACUUCUGUAAAAAAAAAAAAAAAAAAAAAAAAAAUUGGGGGGGGGGCGGGGGAGGAAGCAGUCCCCUCUUCACCACUUUAAAAACCAAUGCUCCUGAGUGUUUUCACAGAUUGCAAAGCAGAUCCAUUCCUGAUCCAAAUCAGUGGUCUUUUUCUAAGGACACUUUUCUUUCCUUUUCUACACAAGGCAUGUUUCUCUAAGUAAUGAAUGCUAAGUGAGGUGUGAUCCAGAAAAGUAAGCACUGUUCCUAUUUCUCUUUUAAAAGAGAAAGCUCAUUCUAGAAAGUCAAUGCUGACAAGUCACUGGUACAGAUUUUCCCCUUGUCUGCACAGGAAAGGGGCCAAGUAGCCAACAACCCAAGUUUUUCCCCUCCCUGUAGCCAGAAGUGUAAACAUCUGGGAUGUGACCUCUUUAAGGUAGGGGCACUCACUCCUUAGCUUCUCACCAUACAAUUCUCAGGUUAAUGCCAGGAGGCAAGCCAGGCACAGCCAACCAGCAGCUCUGACCCACUGGCUACAGAGGACAAGAUCAGACUCCGUGACAGAUAAUUGGGAGUCACCCACCUCCAGACUGCUUCGGUGUAAAGUGUUCAAGGAAAACGCUUCCUUUUUAAACAUGUCUGAGUUGCCAGGACAGCUCAAAUACCUCCUGAAAAAAAAGCCCCCUCAUGGCCUGGGAAGAAGUGACACUGAGCCAAUGCCUUUACUUUCUGCUAGAGCAGGUUCAGCUCGAGGGAAAGGCUCCCCGGGCUUGAUGCCUUCACAGCCAAUGAGGCAAUGUCCCCGCCAGCCCAUCGUGGUCACAGCAUAUCCCACCACCCUCCUCCUCCUGGCCCCAGUGUGACCGCUGCUGGCAGCAAGGAACCAACAGCCCCCACCGGGAGCCCAGGCUCUGAGUGCCAAAAGAACGUAAGCAUCACGACCCUCCAGUUCUCUCCGGUCACAAACGACAAGGACAGCCUGACUGCUCCCAGCACCAUCACUCCAUUCUUCCGUCUUGAAUCAACUUUUACAAACUAAUAGUCACCAGCACCAAAGAAUUAAGUCAACUAACCUGCCUUGAAUUUUAGACCAGCAAUCCAUAUGGCUUUAUCUGGUAUAAAUCUUCUGCCUUUGAUCAUUUCUGGACCGUGUAGGAAAAAGGAAUAGCAAUCAUUAAAAUCUUAGGCCAGAGAACACUAUUUUUACAUAACAGUUUCUUUAACCUAAAAUCAAGGCCUUGAACUCUUCCCUAAGUGUUGCCGGGGAUUCCUUCAUGCUUUUAAUUCAGGGCUACAUCUCUUAUCGCACAUGUCAUGUGAGCUCCAACAUCUCCCACAGGCUAGAGGAACUUGAUAGUAUAGUAUCCACUGCCUCUUAACAAGGACACAUCUGACAUCCAGCGUUUGCUUGGAAUAAGCAGCACAUUGUAAUGACAGAGUAAAUGGAUCCAUUCUGUAUCAUCAUAGGCAGAAAGUAUUUGGCAAAUUUUUAUGUAUUGUUUAUGUACUGUACAAGUAACUUAUUCUUGAAUAAUGCAGAUUUUGCUAUAAUGUACAAACUGCUACACGGGAAUUAAAAAAAGUUUUCAGAAUCUUGA